AUGGAGCAGGUUGCAGAAACCUCCUCAGGCCAGUCCGCCACUCCCACGUCUGACGUUGAGGUCCAGUGGCACGGGAAGUACCUUAACCUCUGUAAAUUCCCUCCUUUUGAAAGUCCUGUGCCGUCCCAUGUCACAGUACAAGAAUUAAUCAGGGAUUAUCCGAAUCAUAUCCGAGACGAGUAUAUAGAUGAAAUGAUGCAACAUCACUACACACCAAAUGAUUUGUGGUACGCAAUUCCCCAGUCCACCAAAGACUUGUGGGAGAAACAUGGCCUCCUGAAAAAUGGCGGUUUCAAAACGAUGGACAGAAAGUUUUCGUAUCGAAUGAAGAUCCUCGGUGAUGACGGGAUGCUUGAGCUGUUUGAAGAGCUCGAGAUCAACGGACCAAGACGCCAGAGCAAAAGAACCUACAGGAAUUUGAAAACUGAGAGAUAUCAUCGGCGCGCCAAGGACAGACUUAGAUCCAAAAUGAACAAACAGAAAGCUCAAAUAGGUUCAUCUCAUUCAAAGAAGUGA